CUGCGCCUGCUCCUGACCGAGCCUUCCCCCAGAUAUGUACGAGCUGUCCUCUCCCUCUCCUCCCUCCCCACCUCACCCGGCGCUUCUCUCUCCCCACUUCUCUCCGCCGUGGACGACCUCCCAUAAUGGCGAACUCGCCUGGCCGCACCCAGCCGGAGACAUGAACGAGCUCCCCUGGGCUGCACCCGCCAGAUCUGGGUUCCCCCGGCCGUUAUGCCGCUAGAGCCAUGGACGAGCUUCCCGGGCCGCACCCUGCUGGAUUCGGGCUCCCCCGGCCGCACCCCGCCGGAUCUGGGCUCCCCCCGCCGCGACCCGUAGAGUUAGCCCCCCUAGAGUCCUAACGUGAUCUCUCGUCUCUUGUUGAGUUGCUUCUGAUGAUUGUUGUCAGACAGUUUGGUCUGUACAAGGAGAGGAAAAGAGCGAUUCAACUGCCUGGGGGCUGAAAACAAGUCAAAGAAUUGCAGCAGGGCAGCGACACGCCGAGGGCCGAAGCGGAGGCAUUGGCUUGGCGGGGAAGGAGUUGAGGAUGGUGGGUGACGGCGGUGACCGUACCCUACAGCAUGACGAAGGAGAUGGGAGAGAGAGAUGCAUACGGUGAAGAUCAUCUUUGGGAUUUUUAGAUUGGCUAUAACAUCUUAGGAAGGAAUAAGUCAUGGGGAGCAGACAAAUUGUCGCUGUUCUUCAACUAGGUGGAGUAUUCACAACUGAUGAUGAUGGGGGUAUGACCUAUUCUGGUGGAGAGGCACACGCAAUGCAUGUGAAAAGUGGUUGGACAUUUAAAGCAUUUAAAAAUGAGAUAUCUUCUACCCUCAAUAACCUCAAACUUGAUUCCUAUGCGUUCAAGUACUUCCUUCCGAGAAAUAACAAGACUUUGAUUUCAAUUUCCAAUGACAAAGACCUUAAGCGCAUGGUGGAAUUCCAUGCGGAGUCAGAGACCACAUACAUCUAUGUCAUUAAGAAGGUUGAAAACAGGGUAAAGAGCUCCGUAGCAGACUCUGGCGCUCCUGCAGAUUUGGCUGUGAUAGCGACUACCCCAGAUGGAUCCAAGCGGCAAAAGAUCUGUGCAAGUUGGGAGAAUGCCAUCACUGGAGCUGGCCAAGUGUUUGAAGGUCCAAAGGAAUUUCGUGAUGCAUUACACAAGUAUGCCAUUGCACGUAGGUUUCAUUACAGAUUUAUCAAGAAUGACUCUACUCGUGUCACUGUGGAAUGUACUGAUGAAGGAUGUCCAUGGCGCAUACAUGCCUCCAAAUCUCCUUCAAAGAAGGAGUUCAUGAUCAAGAAAGUUGUUGGAAGUCAUACCUGUGCAUCGGAGACAGUAAAUAGUCAUCGUCUAGCGUCUCAAAAAUGGGUUGCUAGUGUUAUUAAGGAAAAAUUACGUGAUAGUCCAAACUACAGGCCAAGAGAUAUUGCCAAUGAUCUCCAGCGUGAAUACGGACUCUGCCUGAAGUACUCUCAAGCUUGGCGAGGCAAAUUAAUAGCCCGAAAAGAACUUUACAGCCCACAUGAAGAGGCAUGCAAUCAUUUACCUUGGUUUCGUGAUAGAAUUUUGGCAACAAACCCCGGGAGUCUGGCAACAGUAGUGACAUUGGAAGAUUCAAAAUUUAGGUUCUUUGUUGCAUUCCAUGCAUCCCUUCAUGGUUUUGAGCAUGGCUGCAGGCCUCUUAUCUUUCUUGAUGUGAUAUCUGUGAAACCAAAUAAGCAUUGGAAACUAUUGGCUGCUACUUCCGUUGAUGGUGAAGGUGAUGUGUUCCCAGUUGCAUUUUCUGUAGUGGAUGAUGAGUGUCAAGAAAAUUGGCAUUGGUUUCUUGAACAGCUCAAAGCUUCAUUGCCUGUGCCCAGAGAAAUAACAUUCAUAUCAAAUGGCAAAAGUGAUUUGUGGGAUGAUGUUUCUCUAAUAUUUCCAGAUAGUUAUCAUGGAUACAAUAUCAACUCUUUCAUUGAAGAAUUCAAAACACAAUUGGAUGAUGGUUGGAGUGAAGAAGUAAAAGAUACAAUGGUUGAGCAUCUUAAGGAAGCAGUAUAUUCGUGCACAGUUGAUGAAUUCAAUCAUUAUAUUGAACUCAUCAAGGCUGAAUCUGAUAAACUCGCUGAAUGGCUUAUGGAGACUAAACCUGAGCGCUGGUCAGAUGCCUUCUUCAAGGGGUCACGACUUGGUCAGUACACGAGCAAUAUAUCUGAGACAAUUGUUGACUGGAUGCCCAGCAGAUAUGAGCUCCCGGUAGUGCAGUUGCUUGAUACAAUCAGAUGCAACCUGAUGGAGAUGAUCUACACACGCAGGGAAUCUUCAAAUGCAUGGUCCGAAGUAUUAACACCGUCAGCCAAUCAGAAGAUCCAGGAAGAGAUGAGCAAAGUUCUUUCACUCAGUGUGGUUUGCUCAACUGAAAAUCACGGGAACAAUAAUGUGUUUGAGGUGUGUGAUGGCUCGGUCUAUAUUGUCAACAUUGAUACAUGGGAGUGCACCUGCCGAAAGUGGCAUGUGUCUGGGAUUCCUUGCUCACAUGCACUUGCGGUAUUUGAGCGAACUGAACAGAAUCCACUAGACUACUGUGCCAAGUACUUCACAACAGAAUGCUACCGCAUGACUUACGCCAUGUCAAUCAAUCCAAUACCUGAUGUUAUGGUACCAUCUGCAUCAACUGACCCAUCGCAGAGCGGGGGAUUGGUACCAUGCCCUAUUCUAACCCGACGCCAAGUUGGCCGACCAAAGGAAAAGCCAGCUGAUCCCCGUAUUGCAAUUAAAAGGGCAGUGCGCUGCAGCAGGUGUAAGGGCUAUGGGCACAACAAAGCAACUUGCAAAGUCCCUAUCACAGCAUAAGUUGUGCCUGUUAUAAGUUCUCAACUGUAAAUUAUGGUGAUAGUUGCUUUUAUGGUCCCUUGCGAACUGUAGUCCAACCUUUAUUUCCUCGUUUCUUGGAUGAUCUGUGGGACAUAACCUUUUUUGUUGACCAUUCGCUGUACUGCUGCUGUCCAUGGGCUUGACAUUGUUGAAUACUUAGAAGGAACAUUUCCCCGUAAACAGAAUGGUGGGAAAUAUUUUGGAAAUUGGAUGUACUGAUGCACAUUGUUAUCCAUGUCUUUUUGUGAUUUAUCUGUAACUCUUUCAGGAA